UACCUUACGCGACUUUAUCUGACUAGUGACUUUAAAGCUUCGAUCCCAAAAACCGAGCGCAUCACCCUUCGCUCGACCAUGACACCACAGACGGAGCACAUGCAGAUUCUGGUGGCCAGCUCCUGCUACUGCUUUGCGUCAGUCGGAAUGCUGUUGUUCAACAAGUUUGCUGUCCAAGACUUCCCACUGGAGUGCUGCUUGGUGUGGGCGCAGCUUUUUUUUGCGGCAACUUGCUUGAGCCUUUUCGCUUUUCCCUACAUUCAUGUGGGCUCUGCCAAGGACCUGCUGCGCUGGUGCAUGGUGGUGCCCUUCUACUGUGGCAUGCUAUUGACCUCCAUCUUAGCCUUGAAAACGGCACCCAUGUCUCUGGUCAUCGUCCUUCGGAACAGCAGUCCCUUGGGCACGUUGCUCAUUGAACGCUUCUACCCCGAACCCUUGAGGAUCAGUGGCUUCAUGUUGGGCUCCAUCUUCCUGAUGAUUGCAGGUGCUGUGAUGUAUGUGACCCAGCUUCCCUCUGAGAACUGGCAGGGCAUUGGUUGGGUCUUUCUGAACAGCGUCAUCGCAGUGGUGGAUCGCUUGCUACAGCGCUUGCUGCUGUCCAAGGAGCAGUGCCCUGUGGAUAUCUCCAAGACGGGGAUCACCUUGAUCAACAAUUUGGUGGGAAUGUUGCCUGUGGGCCUGGCUGCCUAUGCCAAGGGAGA